AAAAAAAAAAAGAGCUGGCUGGAGCGAGAAGUUAAAUCACGGAAAAGAUAUGUGUUGCUAGUUAAUCCAGCCCAGGACAGAAGAGGAGGAUCACUGAGGAAGAAGGAGCGCAGUUCUUGAACCAGCCUAGUUUCUCUUCUUUUGUCGCCCGACCUAACGAUAUGGAGUCAGCCAUUAAGACCCUGGUGACCACUUUUCUCAGUUCUUCCAAAGGGAAGGAGAACCUAGAUUCAAAAUCCUUCCAGAAACUGAUUAGCAGUCAGUUCGGCUCUAUGAUGGAGGAAACAAAUGACUCCUCUGCCAUUAAGGAGAUGCAGCGGGGACUGGAUGAGAACAGCGACGGAAAGGUCAGCUUCCAGGAAUACCUCACUCUGAUUGGCUACCUGGCCAACUCCCUCAGUCAGCGCAAGAGUGGAUCCAGUGCAGAUGCAUCAUAGAGGCGUGUGAAGCUGCAGUGUUUGGGGGAUCUGCAGAUCAUCAACCUUUUCGCUUUCCUUCUCUGCACCUUUCGCGCCUCUGCUCUCCUUGCCAAAUGUUCCCGAACAAGACGCAUAAAUUCUUUCACAGCCGUCCAUAAUCAUUUUCAGUCACUUCACCUAACAGCUGUGUAUCGCUCUGAACUACAGCUUGAUGUCCAGAUCAAUCUUUCAGUCUCAUCAUGCUGAUCUCCUCUGUCAAGGACACAUUGAAGGACUCUGAGCUGGGCAUGUAUUUUUUCAUACCAAUUACACAAAGAAAAAUGUCCAUAUUUUAAAAAAUAAAAGCUUUAUAUUAAACCCA